AUCAAUUCCAACUGUCAAGCAAGCUGUCAAAUGGUAAAAAUUUUCUCAGUCCAAAAAAGAAAAAAGAAAGCAAAACUUCGAUUGAAACGAUCAUCCAAUUAAAGCUUGCUGGAAUUUCUUCGCACGGUAAAAAAAGCGCAAGCAAAGCAGCGUAAUUCACACGCCCUAAAAUACUCAAUCUAACCCCGUUUGCCUUAUCGCGUGCUGUGUCACCCGCUGUGCUGAGGUCCGUGUCCACCCGGAGCUCGGUGUGUUUGGAACCAAUUUUGCUGUGUUUUUGUGCGCGGAAGCUACCGUAAAAGCAUUCACCAUAGGGCUAUCCGAGACAGCCGUGAUGGAUAUAAUGGCCUCGAACCUGCAGCAGCAACGAGCUAUUACCGAGCAGCUCCGACGCGAGGCUGCCAUCCAGCGCAUCACGGUUUCGCAGGCCGUGGCGGACAUCGUGAAGUAUGUGACGGAGCAUCAGGCCGAGGAUUGCCUGCUGGUGGGAUUCUCCAGCCAGAAGGUAAACCCGUUCCGCGAGAAGAGCUCCUGCAGUAUCCUGUAAGCUGUUGAACGAAGGCUCCGGCCCAUCUCUGCCGUCACCGCAACAGGAUCUAUCCCGAAAAGCUGGAAGGGAUGGAACGAUCUCGCGAUGCGAACGGCCCGAUGACGUCAUCGGUGGUGGUGGAGGAGUCGGAAGCUCAAGCUCAAAAUUGCGUACCGACAAGUUAAUUGAUGUGUUAAGUGUCUAUUUGGAACAAAAGGAAGCAGCGCCCUGGCAUACUAACACGUACCAUCCUAUAUAUACAGCCUAUAAAGAAAAGAAAAACAUGCCAAACGUAAAACGGAAUUGCCUGUAGUGAAGGGAGGAGGAGGAGAGAAGCAACAGUUUGCUGCUUCGAAUGUCACACUGGUCACACAACCCCACCUAUCGCUUGCAAUAGAACCUCAACGGCCCCCACCGUGUAUCGCAACAGCUGUGGUAGUAGCAUUUACAACCUCAUCCACAUCAGACGCUCACAUCAUCAAGUUCCACCAAACCACCUACCAGCAUCACCGUCACAUCCGGAACCAUAGGGAGGAUUUUUCUACCAAGAAAAAUCCAACGAGUAUCCAUGCCAGACGUGUUUUGAUAGAAAUUUUACUCCAGCACAACAACACGCCCCACGCCAAAGGGUGGCCAUUCGAGCAAUCUAUUGAAUCUUAUCAACAACAGACUGGGGUUUCUCAGAUGCUUCCAUUCGUUUUUAACCUACAUGUAUACUGGAAAUGGGGAUGACGGGCGUCAAAGCUAGUUCCGCAAUUUCGUAUCAUUUUAAACGACGGGGAAUCUCAUGCGCACAACAUUGUAAACCAAACUCUAUUUAGUAACACGGAGGCGAAAAUCACAAUAUGCUUACACUACAAGCAACCAAAAAAGGGUAAAGAAACACAGGACAAAUAAGGUAACCACUGCUCUCGUUCAACAAGGUGUAGUAGCCAAUUUAGACUAUUAUAGCUGCUGACUGUCGUCGGUGUUGUACAAGUAUAUUAGGGGGAGAAAAAAAACCAGCAAAGCGCGAAAACAAAAGCAAAUCUUAUAUCAAUGUUACUACUAUAUUAUAUUUACCGCUACCGGAACUACGCUCAGCUGUCGUCGUCGUCGUCGUUGGUGGUCCCUCGAUGGAUUUGUCAUCGAGCGUGCAGGGUAUUAGCCUCGGUGGCCGGGCGGUUUUACGACCGGUCCCUGCUUGCGGCUAGCCACAGCUACCCAUCGAUGCAUCGACAGCGAACGGCAGACGGCAAACAAUGUGUAACGUGCAACUAAUAAACAGUGGACUAUUUAAAUGUAUCGUGUA